CUGGCGCGCCUGUUGGACCUGAUAACACACAGCGACCCCUCAGCGCGUAUCCACGUCAUCGCCCACUCCCACGGAGGCAACGUGCUACUUAAAGCCAUUGAGCUCUACAUGAAGCGCCAGGGAAGCAAGGCCGUGUCAGACCUCCCGCCUGCUGUCCUCCAACGAUUCUGGGCAGCGUACAAGAGCAGAUACGAUUUGAUUCGCCACUGGCGGAAGCCGGAUGUUUCCAACACCUGCUGGCGCUUCUUCCCCUUCCUUGUUGUCUGGAGGAGCAUGGCGGGGAGGAGGGAGGGGAGCGUGAAGGAGCAGUACCCGUGGGGGCGCUACCGCUGGCUCGACUCGCUGCUCCGCCUGCCCUCGCAGCGCCAGCGCCUCUUCCUCGCGCACCGCCUUGCCACGAGCCCGCUGUCCAACGCGCUGGGGGGGCUGGUGUUCCUGGGUACGCCCUUCUACAUGAAGAGCUGGCAGCGCAACGGCAUGCUGCUGCUGCUCGCCACCACCACCGUGUCUAUGGUGGUGACGUUUGUGGUGAUGUGGGGCUACGUGCUGCUGUGGCGCAUCGUGGUGCUGGCCAUUGCAGGCGAGCUCUCAAGAACCACCACUCCCAGCUACCUGCCCUUCUCCCUGGCCGCGGCUGUUCUCGUCUUCGCCAUCGUCAGUGUGGCACUGGAGCUCUGGCGCAGCACUGCCUUUUACAGUGGCAACAUCUACCACUCGCCCGGCUUCGAUUGGUCGCAUGCCAUGUCAGCACUCGUCAUCCACGCCGGCAAAUUAGACGAAGCCAGCCUGGCGCUCUCCACCGAGCCUAUCGCCCGAGCCUACAUCUUCCCGCAACUAGCCUCCAUGCUCAAACUCCCCUUCUGGAAAGCCCUCCCCCGCCGCCCGGUCACGAGAAAAUGCUCCGAAUGGACACUUUACAUCAGCAACACAGCCCGGAUUCUCAUGUGGAACAUAAUCUUCAUCCUGCCCGCAUUGGCGGUAGCACUGCUGUCGCGCGUGCUGGCGCCGGUGAUAAUCUCCAUGGUGCGCAACGUGAUCGUGACGGUGAGCUUCGGGCUGUCCCCCAAGGAGCUGAGCUUCGCCAGUGUGUUUGUGGACGAGCGCCUCCACCUGGGGCUCGUUUCGCAGCACAUCGAGCACUGGAACGUGCAGAAACUGCUGGCGCUGGCCAAGACGAGGUCGCUGCAGGGCGAGCUGAUGGAGGGCUAUGAGGACGACACGUGUGACAUGGGGGAGGCGCUAUUUGGGGACGGGCUACCUGAGGAGGGGGUGCCUCGAGAGGGGGUGCCUCGAGAGGUCGUAACCGGGGUAGGGUUACCCGUGAAAGGGGUAACUGCGGAGGGGUUAACUGGGAGGGAGGGGAAGGUGGAGGAGGGAAAGGAGCAGGAGGAGGUUGGAGAGAGGGAGGUGAGGGCGAGGAGGCAAGGAGAAGCUGAUGAACGAGCGGGUGCAGAGGGUGCAGAGGGUGCAGAGGGUGCAGAGGGUGAAGGGAGUGCGGUGAUAGACUCGAUACAGACAGGCGCAUUAAGACCAGAGCCUCUUGACUCGCGAGCAGGGCCCUCGGGUACCCUUUUGGGGGACGAAGCAGGAGAGGAGGGAGGUGGGCGCAGCGAAACAGGAAGCGCAAGACGAAGCCUCAGCCGCUUCCGAAGGCGCGUGACAUUCACCGAGCGGUCUCUGCGACAGGGAGAGAGGCGAGGGGAGGGCGGUGAGGAGUUGGAUGAGGAGGGAGGUGUGGAAGGGGUUGACAGCAAGGAAAAGCGAGCAGGAAAAGGGGUCAGCUUCGAGGGAGGUGGCAGUUUGGCAUGGAAGGCGGGAGCGGGCGGUUCAUCACGAACACUUUCGGGUGGGGCUUCCGUGGAAAGAGAAAAUGAAGAGAGCAAAGGGAAGCAGCAGCAGGGAAUGGAGGAGAAGGGGAUGGGGUCCAUGCUUGGCAGUGGCGGCAAGGGGGAGCGGCUGGCAUACGAGUUCCUGUGGGACGAUGGUGUGUUGGAGGCAGCGGCACGCGAGUCAGAGACGUACACGCUGCUGCGCCCGCAGCUGCACGCCAUCACCCACAACCCGCGGCUGUCCGACCAGGAGUGCGUGCGCCAGGUGAAGCAGCUGUGUGUGAUGAUCGAGGAGCGCUUUGGCGAGCUCACCGGCCGCUUUGACCUCAACCACGGGGCGUACUUCCGAGAUCCGCGCAUCAUCGGGGCUAUGGUGCACUUCCUGGGGCACAGGGAGCUCCCUGAUUGGUCCAGGGAGAUCGAUACGGAUGUGUUGCGGGCUGAAGAGAGGAUCAGGUUUGGGAGGCUUGGGCAGGGGUGA